CCUCCGCCUCACGUGACCACGGUGACGCGCGAACAUGGCGGACGUGGAGGCGACGAAGUCUCUGAGCGGUUUGUUGAACGGAAUCGCUCAACAAAUGUUUUACAAGAACAGCGACAUCACCGAGGAGCUGCUGAAGGACGAGCUGUUCCCCGAACUGUCCCCGGACCAGUUCAAGGCUCUGCUCGACCGGAUGACAAACCUCCUGAAGUCUAUCGCCACAGCGGACAUGGACCACGCCCAGCUGGAGGCCUUCCUCACAGCCCAGACCAGGAAGCAGGGCAGCGGGGGGGUGAGUCCGGAGCAGGCCGCCGCCCUCUCUCGGUUCUGGAAGAGCCAGCGGGUUCGGGUCCGGGAGAGUCUGCUGUCUCAGAGCCGCUGGGAGCCCGGCCUCCGGGGCGUCUCCUGGAGGGUGGACCUGCAGACGUCGGCCAGUCGGGGGGGGGGCGCCCACGGGGGCCCCGUGGCCCUGAUGGAGCUGGAGCUCGGCACCACCGGACAGGACUCUGAGUUCUUGUGUCUUGAGUUUGACGAAGCCAAAGUGAACCAGGUGCUGAAGAACAUGUCUGACAUCCAGGAUCGCAUCGACAGAAUCGUCCAGACCUGAAACUCCGCCUCAGAGUUCGUCACAGACAUUAUGAUCCAGACUUAGUCUGCAUCAGACUGACUGGAGGACGCUGUGUUUUAUUUCCAGCCUCUGUCGAUCAGAAGUAUCCAGCGUGGACAACAUGUGGACGGAGUCCCGGCCUGGUCACACUAUGUUCUCACUCCCUGUUCAGAUUGGAUUUUAUAACAAGUCUGAGGAAAGUGUCUCAUUCUUCAUGAAACCUUAAAAGUCGUCCUCUGAAAGACGCCUCGACGUCUCGAUGUCUGAUCAGAGGUUUUACAGCUUUGAUGGAUAAAAUGUCGAGUCACUCUUUUGUUAAAAUGUCGUCAGAAAAUGUCCCAGACUAAAGUACAGGCUCCACUUUUGAUUUUUUUUUAUUUGUUUCUUCCAGCUGCCUGAGACAAUGUUCAUCAGUGUUAAUCAGAAAUGUAGUUUGAAUGAUGAAAUAAAAAGAGAAACGUGGAAGUGGAA